AUGGCGCCGCACACGAAGGGGGCCGCAGGAGACGCACGAGGCGCUCAGCUCAGCAGCCACCUCUGCCCCACACGCCACUCUCCAGGCCGAGCUGCUCCCGCCAGGCCCCCCUCCAAAUUCUCCUGGGCGCCGGUGCCAAGCCGACAGCAGCACCCCUGGGAGCAUCAGAAGGCCGACGAGGCAUCUCCCAAGCACCCACAGGAAGGGGACCCGCUGCCCCGUCACGUGACUCCGGGAGCUCACUUCACCAUCUUCACCACAUGCACAAAAAGGGGCUUCCGCACAGCAGCCCCCAGAAAGGAAAGCUUGGGCCUUGAGGCCUCUGCGCGGGCCAGGCCCCUCCAGAGCAACGGGCCAGCUCGCGCCCCAGCACCGCCCACGCUGGCUCUCCACCGGAGCGCACCGGAGAGCAAGCACGCGGCUUGCCCCCGGCUCACGAUUUGUGCCACCAAACACGUGGAGCACUGUCAGCCGUGCGGCGAGAAAACUUUGGAGGAAAAUCCCAGGAACCACGAGGUCUGGAGAGGCAAGCGGGGCGAGGAGCCGUGCCAGGCGGGAGGGGGCGCUGCGCAGCGGGAUGCCCUGUGGGGCACCCAACGCGGCUGCCUAGCCGGGCUGGGCACCGGCGGCAGCGGAGGCGCCCCUCCCCAAACGCAGCGGCCAUUCGCCAGAGGCGGCACAGACCAACACCCUCCGCCGCUCACGCCGACCUCACCGGGAAGGAAGUCAAAGCCUCCUCACCAAGUCCACUGCCGCAGCCACCUCCGCGUGGCCACAGCCGCAGGCAGCGUCGCAUCGCGGUUGCCGCGACUGAGCAGGACUCCCUCGCGGGGCAGGGCAGGGCAGAGCGCGAAGGGGCCCCCGCGCCGGCGUGACACGGCUUUUCCAGCGCCCGCCGCCGGCACGCUUGCGCACACACUGCCCGGGUGCAGCCCACUCCCCGCUCUCGGAGCCGUGGCACGGCCUCUGCCUCCUGCCCGAAUCCCCCGGCUCGGUGGCGGGAGCUCCCCCAGCGAGGCGUCGGGCCACCCUGACCAGGGCCAGAAUGACCACAGGCGGCCCGCCGCACGGGUGCGAGGGGCCACCCUCUGCACAGCCCCGGUGCUCCGGGCGACCGCCAGCACCUCCCUUCCCAGGGCCGUCACAGGCGCUCAGGCACGGCCGGGCAGCAAGCCACAGAGCCGCUCCGCCGGGCAGUGGCGCCACCUGCAAGGCUGGAGCCCCGUCCGAGCCGCUCCGCCGCCGGAGUCGGCCCAGGCAGCCCUGCGGCAGGCGGCUCUGGGCACCCGGAGCCUUCGGGCUGCGCACAGCGCCAGUCGGGAUCGGGGUGGGCACGCGGUCAGGGACCGCGAGAGACGGGGGGCUCGAGCGAGCCGUGCCCAAGACCCGGCUGCGCUGCUGGCCGUGCCCUGGCAGGGCGGGCAGCGGCCGGCUCCGUUGCGUGGCGGCUUUGGGCCUCCGCUGGGCACAGGCUGCGUGGCCUGCGAUCCCGGCGCCGUCCCUGCCCGCCGGGCAGAGAGCUGGGGGGGGGGGCUCGCGGGCGCUGCAGGAGUGCGUGCGGCCUGCAGAAUGUCCUGGACAGACGCCCAGGGGGGUCCCCGCCCUGGCCAACCUUUCGAUCCCCCACCCCAGAGAGAGGCGGGGGACGACUCUGCAGCCGGGCAGCACUCCUGGCCCGGGCAGGCCCCCGCGGGCAGCACCCCCGGCUCUCCGGGAGGAGUCCGGCAGUGGCCCUCGCAGCCGCAGAAGCUUCACGUUGGCCUGGGGGGCCGGGGCCCACCCCCGGGGCCAGCGAGGGCUGGCAGCCCCCCGGGACACAGUCCUCGCAGGGUGUUUGCUUCGCGCCGACGUGCGGGGGGUUCUUGGCACCAGCCGGGCAGGGCUCUGGACGGGCCCCGCGGCUCCCCAAGGCCCGCGGCUCGAGCACAGCAGCGAAGCUGGCAGGCCGCCUCCGCCGUGCUCCCCCCGCCCCAUGUCAGGGCCCCGGGCCCCGGGCCCCGGUGCUCACGGGUUCUGCUGCGUCUCCAGGCACACUACGAGGCGGAAGGGACUCCUGCGAAGGGAGAACGUCCCGCUUGCAGCCUCUCCCCCGAUUCGCGUGGAGCAUCGAGUGGCUCUCCUGGGCCGCUUGAGCCGUCCGGCUCCCCCCAGGACUCUCACUUGCCCCUCGAGUCGCAGAGCCCGCGCGGGACAGGGCCAGAGGGCCGUUGGGUCGAGCCCCCGCUGCGGUGGGGCCCUUCGCUGCGCCCUCCCGCUAAGGUGCCCGGCCAGCUCCCGCAGCGCAGCCACGUGGGGGCAGAAGCAAGCCGGCCUUCCCGGAAACUCCCCGGGGGUCUUUCGCCAGGGCCACACCGUGGCCGGGGCCGUGUGCGCUCCGCGGGGCUGCGGACGUGCAGCGUCUGUGCGGCGCUUGCUUUCCUGUCGGACGUCAGCUCGGCCUGCGCCUGCAGCGAGGGCAGGGUAGCAGCCCUGCGAGAGAAGGGGGAGCGCUGGAGCAGCGAGCGUCCGCCCCAGGGAGAGCAAAGACGAGGCAGAGCUGCUGGACAGAGCGGUGGAGCUGCGACCGCCAAGAGCAUCGCAGGAGCAGGAAGUGCAGCAGCCCGGCUGAGGCAGAAGAGAUCCUGGGGAAACGAGGAGGAAGGGGCAGAAGACGCAGACGACACCGUGCGCCAGUGGAACCCCAAACCGCUUCCAGUUCCUCCAGGGACACGGGGUAACAGGCCCAAGGUCCCCGCUGAAGAGCGAGGGGCCUCCCUGACGGUGAGCACGAGGCGGCAACGGAACCCACGACCUGGGGAGGCGGUGGGCCCUCCCACCCUGGCGCUGUUCCAGGAGCGGCUGGGCACCCCACGGGGACGGUGUGACUGGGCGCCCUGCGCUGGGCUGGACCCAGAGGCCCUGGCCUGUCCGUCUCUUGACUGGCAACUGCGUUUCCAUUUCUACCUUGCCUCGCCGCUGAGGCUCUCCGAACUCAGCUUCGUCCAUAAAACAGGAACAGGCCAGUGCCCAUCUGGCUCCGCAAACCAGCUUGCCACCACGUGGAAUCACUCUGCACACAGAACCAGCCACCUGCAGGUUGAGUUUUGA